AUGGCGGGCUUGGUGUUUAUUCCGCAGACAAAGCUUCUACGACAUGCUGGCGUUGUUGGUCUUGGUCGAGCUUUUGAGGAUGCGUUGAGCCUAUUCAAUCGAACGGUGGCAACCCAAUUCAAAUUUUCAUCGAUUUGUGUGUCGAAAAAGUCUGCUGGGUUGCAGACAAAGCUUCUACGACAUGCUGGCGUUGUUGGUCUUGGUCGAGCUUUUGAGGAUGCGUUGAGCCUAUUCAAUCGAACGGUGGAGUCUGACAUUUUGAAUAAUCCUAGUGAGUCUGCUGGGUUGCAGACAAAGCUUCUACGACAUGCUGACGUUGUUGGUCUUGGUCGAGCUUUUGAGGAUGCGUUGAGCCUGUUCAAUCGAACGGUGGAGUCUGACAUUUUGAGAUUCUCGAGCCGGGCUGAUGCAGCAGGUAUCACUGGAUGUCUGACGUUGUUACAGACCUGGAUAUACGAGUAUUUUCCUGCGUUUCGACCACACCGCGACCCGGUUCCCAUUGGUGAUGGCCAGCCACGUGCCUGUGCGUGGAGUCCGCGUGUCGAGAAGAAGUCCGUUGACCGCCUGCGCUCCAUACGGUUAUCGCUUGACAGGAUGUCCCCCUUAGAGGUGAACUGGAUGCCUUUCGGCCAGAACCCUAGUAAUAGGGUACCCAGGACCCUCUACACUGGACUGAUUCAGUAUCGCGAGAUCGUAGAGGCGUACAUGCCGCAGCGCUGUCUUCGCCAGCUUGGAUUUGUCCAAGUUGUCCCACCUCCACCGGCAUGGCCCAGUAAGGCGGUACGAUCUGCGUCGUCGAAGGAGUACGUCGUCCAAUGGCCGUCAAACAUGAUAUCCAUGUGGGAGCAGUUUCCGAUGGUUGCCCGCCUAUGGACGGCGGAGCUGCAGCGGCCGCCAAGUGGGGUGACUGCCAUGUGUGACCAGCACUACAUGGAAUGGUACAUCCGGCACUCGCACCCGAGGUUGAUCAAAGACAUCGACGACGCAGAUGAUGACGAUGUGCCACCUGCCACUGCCUCUUAUGCGUGGAUGGGCAAGAUUAUGCAGUUGGGACACCGACUUUUUGAGGAAAGGGACUGCAUGACGAGUGCAUCAGGCAGAGCUGUUAUUGACGAUCUGGAACGGACCCUUGAGCAGUGGCAGUGGGCGUCACAGAGGGAUUACUGAUAUUUGAAAUUAGACAUUAUCUUUUUAGUUUGUAAUAUUUGAAAUUAUUGU